GUGUGCUCCUGGAGGUAACGUGCAUCACCUCUCCCAUCUGCUGGCUUUUGCUCCCCUGCCGCGCAUGCGCAGUGCGGCUCUCCAUCAUUUCCAAUAUCCCAGUGUAGGAGAACCAGCAGAGGCAGAGAACUAAUGGGUAGGCUUCUUAUUCUUAUUUUUCCAGAGGUCAGAAACGCUCUGUUGCUCGCCCGUGACACGGUUUCGGCACCGGUAUGCAUUCGCGGGGAUGCCCGGGAACCAUGGGAAUACCACUACCCAACUGCGUUUGGGAUCCAAUAUGUUGAACUCACUCAACUCGUCCGACUGAGGGACUGUAUCCUGGGCAGCAGAAGACAAAUGGUCACGUAUUAAUAAUAAAAGACUUUCCUGUGAAAGCACAGCGCGCGCCGACUCCUGACUCGACUUCUUCGGUUGGCAUCUUCCCGAGUCAGAUGGCUCUGAAUGACAAGAUGCAGUAAUGGAAGUCCAUGCACCAUUCAGCACCGUCGUCAUGAAGCAGCUCAAAGGGUAGGGUCUGCCGUGAGCUCGCCUCACCCUACCCAGCCACCCACCCACCCCAUCAGCUCCACCUGAGAGCAGAUUCCCACGUUCAAGCAGCUCCACCCUUCUCCACAACCCUCCCUCUUCCUCCUCCUCCUCCACCACCAUCACGGCUUUGGAAGACGAACAUGACGUGCAUUGCGAAGACGCUGGUUGAUGUCUGAUAUAUAUACCUCUGAGGUGUCGAGCGUAAAACCAGCGGAGCAAUGAAUGGCGGAAAGGAGUGUGAGGCGGGAGAUGAGCGGCAGGCCGUCCCUGUCCAGGUUCCCAUUGGCUGGCAGCGCAGGGCGGAGCACAGCGGUGUGGUCGUAUACGUAAGUCCCAGUGGCUCGUUGCUGUCCAGCUUGGAGCAGGUGAAGACCUACCUGCUGACGGAUGGAACCUGCAAAUGCGGCCUGGAGUGCCCACUCAUCCUCCACAAGGUGUUCAACUUCGACCCAGGGGCAGCCGUCAAGCAGAGGACUGCGGAGGACGUGAAAGCAGAUGAAGAUGUUACCAAGCUCUGCAUUCACAAGAGGAAGCUUCUGGCUGUGGCCACGCUGCACAAGAGCAUGGAGACGCACCCACCUCUGACACUAACCAGUCCAGGGGGAGGUAUGCGAACAUGUACAUCAUCUGUGGUCACUGCGCAUUCCACAAAUCAACGAGCAAUAAGGACUAAACCCCACGAUGGCCUGCCCAAUGCUGUUGGCCCAGACUGCAAGAAUCCGUUCAAGAUGAUGAUGGCAGCUGGGCCACAGCAGAGGCUGUAUCCACCCCAGGAGAUGGGUGGAGCCCAGCAGCCAGAGCUCUACUCUGGAUACCCCAGGCCACAGAGGCUGGGCAGUGGGGAGCCAGGCCCCAAAUCCCCUUACCGGGUUGGGUAUGGAGGCAUGCUUAGCCCACCUCCCUCCAGUGCUAAGCUGUAUGGAGAUGGCUCACAGUCUCCCAGUGCAGACACUCUAGGCAGCCCCGAGGGCUUUCCAAGGACCAAUCCUUGUGGGUUUCCAGGAGCUGGCAGUCCUGGCUCAGCCUCCAUCCAUGGGAACACUAGGACACCUCUUUCCCCACCCAGUGUAAUGCUUCAUGGCUCCCCUGUGGGCCAGCCAUCCUGCGCCAUGACAGGGAGGACUAGCACGCCCCUCUCCCCAACGGCCACUGCCAAAAGCCCUGUCAUGAACAUGAACAUGCCACGGGGCAACUUCCCCCCUGGUAUGGAUAUGCCCCGUGCAGCAUUUCACCAUAAAACACAACCCCCUGUGCAUCCCGUACCACCUCCAUCCAUACCACCAUCCUGUGCCCUUCAGAAAAGGCAGUUGACCUCUGAAAAAGACCCCUUAGGCAUCCUGGACCCCAUCCCCAACAAGCUAGCUCCCAACAACACCCCAAACCCCUCCAACUUCCAGCCUAACAUCCACUCUCAGGUACCAAUGAUGAAUGUAAACGUACCCCCUCCCGCCAUUGUUCCUUUGCCAAGCAACUUACCUUUGCCCACAGUGAAGCCUGGGCCUGUGGGUCAUGGCGGCCAUAUUCAAAGGACUCAACAGGGUGGUCCAGCUUCAUCUAUGUCCCCCUCCCCUGUCACCUCCCCUGUCCACAUGACCGGGCCUGCAAUUGGGAGAAUGGAGGCCUCCCCUCAUCGCUCACGCUCAUCCUCCACCUCCUCUGAUCACGGGAACUUUGCAAUGCCCUCGGGGCACCAGGCCCCAUGUGGCACCAUGAAGGUCCCUCCUCGCUCCCCCAGGUCGGCUAUGGGAUCUCCCAAACCAGCCAUGCCCUCCAGCCCCUCCACCAACAAAACUGACCCACACCACCAGUACAAAGACUCCCAGCUGUUGCCAGGGAUGGGAAACUCGAUUGGCACCCAGCAGCACAGCAACCCCAUAUACUCACCCACUUCUUCCUCCUCGUCAUCCUCUUCUCUGGCAACCCCUAGCGCUUCCCAGAAGGGCCAUCCAGGGCUCCUGGGGAUGCCCCUCAAUCAGAUCCUCAACCAACAGAAUGCCGCUUCCUUCCCCGCCAGCAGUCUCUUGUCGGCCGCAGCCAAAGCACAGCUAGCAAAUCAAAACAAACUUGUCGCUGCUGGCAACAGCACUGCUGGCAUUGCUGGUGGUGGUGUUGGGAUGGCAGGCAUGGGGGCAGGUGGAGGAGGUAAUGGAGGAGGUGGCGGGCACCCUGGAUCUAUGAGCGGCCCUCGGGGCAUGGAAGGACACAGCACUUUAAAUCCAAUGCUCCCACCAAACUCCACCAUGCUGCUCAACACUCCUGAGGGCCAAAGCGGUCGAGCGGCUCUGAGAGACAAGCUCAUGGCCCAGCAGAGGGACCCCAUGCGUAAACGGAGGCAGUCAUCAGGCAGCGCUGCUGUAAACCACGACACCAGUAACAACAUGGUCUACAACAUGCUUAACAAACGAGGCAUGGGAGGACCCCAUAUGCAGGGGCCCAGUGCAACUGAGCAGCUGCGGAAAGUGGGUCGACUCGGAAACCUUCCUCCAAACACCUCCAUGGCCCAGCUCCUCCAGUCCAUGAGCUGCCAAAGCUCCCACAACAUGGCUGGGAACAGCCAUCGUCCAGGUCUCAGUCCCGGUUCAGGGCCUGGUCCUCAAGGAGCCCCACAGCUGCACUACAACGACAGCACAGGUAUGGUCCCUGGUGGCCCUCAGCAGAACCUUCUUGCUCAGCAGAGGCUGCGGGUACCAGGAGAUGCCAUGCAGCACUGCCAGAACAUGGACACCUCUGGGGGCCAUCUGGGCCCUCGUCCAGGCCAGUUCCCUGACAUGAUGGCCCAGAUGCAGGCCUCCUCCAUGAGUAACUGUGGGCCUAUGGGGCCAGGAGGUGGACCAGCGGGUCCUGAUGGCAUGCCACUGGGACGCCCCAACAAUAACCCCCCACCGCUGUCCCACCCCGGCCCUCACCCCUCACAGCAGAGCCUCCUUCAUGGUAUGGGGCGGACUAACAUGGUGGUGAUGUCACAUGGAGGUGGGGAUGGAAACUGUUCACAGACCAUCUCUGAUCCAGGAAACCCCUCGUCCCUCGGUUGUGGCAUGGGCCUGCAGCCACACGUCAACGCCGGCGGGGGUCCGAUGUACCAGCAGCAGGUCCACCAGGGCAUGCAGCAGGGCGUGGCCUCCCAUCCAGCCUACCAGGGACAGCAGCACUUCUCUGACAACCAACCCUACACAGACAGCAACAAUGCUAACGCUGGCUCCAUGGCCUGCCUCUACCAGAACUACCAGCAGGGGAUGUUGUCGCACCCACAAUUCGGGGAGGGACAACAGCCACAGGGCGAGGGGCUUCCAACGGGCUCUGACAGGGGCCCUGGCGGAGGCCCAGAGUCGGUGGACGCCAUCUAUAGAGCUGUGGUGGACGCCGCCAGCAAGGGCAUGCACGUCACCAUCACGACAACAGUGAGCGGGACCACACAAGCGAGUCCGGUGCCCGCCCUCAGCGCCAUGAGUGCCUUCACUGCCUCUAUAGGGGAGCCCGUCAACCUCCCCAAAGCAGUCAGCUCAGUCCUGCACGGGCUCCAAGAGGGGGAGGCGUUAGCACAGCAGGUCAGACCGAGGCAGGUGAGGCUGGGUCGGGGUCAAAAGAACAUGGACCCAGGGAAGAGCACGCCAGACAUCCACGAGGCCAACGACUACUUCCGCUCUCCUGGUCGUGGGACUCCCAGGGGGCAGUGGGACGGGGAGACGCAGCACGGAGGAGGCUUCGACAGCCACAGCAACAACAGCGCCUGGGGUGGUGAGGAGUUCCUGGAGUGCUCCACACAAGUGAGGAGUAGUCCCUGUAUGGAGCGACCCGCCAGCCUGGCCCCAGCUCCACCCUGCCCCACUGAGGGGUCCAACGACCACGGCCUGGUCAUGGCCCACGACAAGGCCUUCCUCGACGACGGCUAUCGCUUCAACAACUGCAGCCGGACUCCUGUUAACUACAAGGAACGUCUGGAGCAGACGGUGGAGCGCUGCGCCCACAUCAACGGCGCCACCCCUCACUUUAACACCCGGGGUUACGGAGAAGUCCUGGGUCCCCCUCGGCAGGAGCUGACAGGGGACGACCAGUCGCCCAGCUCCUCUACAAGCCUAGAGGGACCUCUGGCCACAGCCAAAGACUACAGCCACUACAACGGCCACUUCAAUGGCAUGGCGCCCAGCCCGUCGGACACUAAGAGCCUGAGCAGCGAGGAGGACCUGCGGCAGCCGGACUCGCCCUCCUCAGAGCUGCUUCAUUACCGCUCCAGGACCUUCAAUAUGGGGGAGCUGGUGUGGGGCCAGUUGAAGGGCUUCCCGCCCUGGCCUGCCAAGCUGGCUGGGGAUGAACAAGUGCACAGCGCUGCUAUGCAGCUGCGGGAGCAGGCCAAGGUGGAGCCAGAGAAGCUAAAAACACUAACUCACGAUUUAGAGGCACUUGACCGAGCCGCCAAGAGAGGCCUGAAACCGGGGAAACUGAAUAAUCACUUGGAAGCUGCUAUCCACGAGGCCAUGAGCGAGCUGGAUAAGAUGUCGGGCACAAUCCCGUCGCGAGAUCGUCAGGUGAAGCUCCCUAAGCCUAAGAGGAGGAAGAUAUCCAGAUAACAUUGAAUGUGUCGGCCGCAGAACGUCCUCAAAGCCUUUCGGAGACUUCGUCCGUUCAAGCCUUGAUGCGAUCUGAGCUCUCUAACAGGUGCUACACAUGGACUCUUCAGUGGUACAUCGUUGUUCCAUGACAUCAACUUGACUUAAUGACUGACCACAGAAGGUGCUGGAAAUUCCAAUCACCAAUACAGUUUUAACUGUAGAAGAGAAAAAAACAAAACAAAAAAAAACCCAAGAAAAAAUAGAGGAAAAACGUCAAAAACGGUUGCAAUUUGUCUACAGCUCACUGAAUUAACUAUUUUUUUCUAGUAUAAAAUAGUAAACAAAAAAAAACAAAAAAAAGCUACAAGCAUUACCUUACAUAUUUAAGAAAAUAGACAGUCCAAAUAUUUCUGAUACAUUUUCAAUAUGUAUAUAGAUAAUCCUGAAAUUUCAUGCUAUUAAGAAUUGUAUGUAAAUAUUGUACAAUGUCAUGUACAAGCAUACCUAAUGCACAUUUUAUCUUUUAUUGUACAAAACAAAGCAGAAGUGUACCAAUGUCUUGGUUUCUAUUCAGAAGUGCGGUUGCAUACGGCCGCAUGCAUAGGAUAAAUAAGAAUACAGCCUAAAGCUUUUAUAUGAUGAACUGUAAGACGUGCUGUUUUUUUAUUUAGUUUUGUUUUGUUUUGUUUGGUUUUGUAAGGGAACAGCAGUGGAACAGGCAUGAGUACAUUAUGAGUUCUCCAUUACGAAAGUCGCUUCACACCAGUCAAGUGUUCGUUUGUAUUUUUGGGGGAAACAACGGUGGGAAAAAAAAAAAAAAUACAGAAUGAACUUUACCAGCAGAAAGUGUUCAAUGUUCCCUCCCCCGAGGCAGGAAAAAGAGCGGCCGGACGAGUGUCGGUACAUCUUCAUCUCGCUCCAGCCGUCAUCUGACGGGAAAAUCAUCAUGUUUUGGAUGUUGUCAGGUGAAUCUCUUGGAAUAACCGCUCAUCAUUACUGGCAGACAGAAGGAAGUUUGGUUACCUGCCGAUAGAUGAAGGAAAAAUCCACCUGCAGCCUCUUUUACACUGUUAAAUGUCACCUUGGGUUCAAAUGGAGAUGAUAAUUUGAGUUCUCAGUUAUUAUAAUAAUUGUAUUUUGUUUUGGGAGAAAAGAAAGUAGAAUUUCUCUGAUUCCAGCGUCUUAAAUGUGAAUAUUUCCCGGUUUAUUUCCUCCUCUGAGACAGUAAAUCAAAAAACUCUGAGUUGAGAACAACACAAGAUAUUUUCCCGCUAUUUUGGGAUCAGUCUCAGAGUUUUGAUAGUCAGAAAUGUGUCAUUUUCAAGCAAAAGACACUGAAAAAUGUCAAGCAUUAUCUGGAUCAAGCUUCUAAAAUGUCAGCAGAUCCUUUUUGGGUGAAGGAAUUUCAAAAAAUGAGACUCAUUCAAAAAAACAGCUGGUUAACUGAUUUUGAAAAUAAUCACCAGUUGCAGCCCCCCUGUCCUAAUAAUCGAUCAAUAAUUUCAAGUAAAAACUGAGAAAACAUGGUGAAAAAUCCACUUUCUAAAUUGUGACGAGUUUUUCUCAGCUCUCUUUUGGACUAUUUGGAGCUUUAUUGAUAGAAUCGCUGUACAUUUACAUAGACUGUAGUAACCUGGUAACUUGAAACCGAGCGUACAUCUUCAACAGAUCUAUAAUCAGAUUUCAGAUCAAAGAGCAAACUAAGGUCGAUAAAAUGUCAAAGAAAGGUGAAAAUUGUUGAUCAGAGAUUCCCAAACUUAAAGAUGACGUCUGCAAAUGUCUCGUUUUGUCCUCAGAGAAGGAAACAAACCAGAAAAUAUUCACAUUUGAGAAUCUGAAAUCAGAGAAUUGUGAGUUUCUAUCUUUAAAAAAAUCCCCAACUUAAUUAUCAGAUUACUGGUUGAUUAAUUUAAUAGCUGACGAGGCUCAUGGCCGCUCCUUCAUGUCGGUGUCUCAUUCAUCUGGCUCGUUAUAAAACACAAAGCAAACAAAUUGGACCCUGAACGCAACACAGAAUCACUACACCGAGUGUUUCCAGGUGGAUUCUUCCUUCAGCUCCAGCCAAGAAUCAAGCGGCUGCAUCGGUGAAUCGUUGGGUUGUUGUGAUCAUGUUCUCGUGCUCGUUUGUACAGUGAUGUUUGAUUUCUCCAUGACUGUAGUCGUCUUUUUUGUUUUGCCACAACUAUAGCUUUAGGUAGAGUAACCAGCCUCAGAGGAGAGUCUAGAUGAUCAUGAGGAACACUAACUCCAGAGCAACAAAAGCAUUUCUUCACAUUUUAGGGGCCUUGUGUUUUUAUUUUUGUUUUUGUUUUUGCUUAUCGAUGUAAAUUAUUUAUGUACAGUACUCCAUAUUUAUUUUAAGCUUUACAGAUAUGCUAGAUGGCAAUAAUACUACCAAGAGUUGAGAACUCAAGCCUUAUAUGUGUAUAUGUAUGUUUUUAUGUUUGUUUUUUUUUGUUUUUUUAAACAGUGAAUAGAUCAUGUGUUCAGAGUCCAUUACAGGUCAUGUUCCCUUUUUUAUUUAAGAAGUGACCAUUACAAAUAACACUUUCUUCUUCUUUUUCUUACAGUGAGGAUUGUUUUUUUGUUACACAUUGUGUCACGGAUUUCUUAGUUAAAGGAAAAAGUCUGCCGACAGGAUCGAACUAUUUAUGAAUAUGCACACAUGAGAAGGCAGACGGCGUUUAUGUUGCUAAUAAAUGCAGUUUUUAACACUACUUAUCUAUCAAAAUCAUCACUUGAUCGGUCUUAAAGUCGACAGUAUUGGGAACUGAAACGCUCGCUCGCAGCUGCUCGUCUGGAUCAGAACAACCUGAAAUCACUACAGAGUUAACAAGUGCAAUAUACCGAUCAAUGGCGAAGAUCAACACUGCAUCUCUUGAUUGUUUGACACCUUUUCCUCAGCAACUCUGACUGUAAUUUUUUUUCCCAAAAUGUCUCCUCGUCUUCGUCUUCUCCUCCAGAUUAACUUCAGAGCCACGAAGUAGUAAUUUAUUUGUAGCUGUACCUCUUUACAUCUGUUACACUCAGGCUCACGUUUCAUUUUAUUAGCAUUUCAACCCUUAUUACAAAUAUCUGAUGCGCAAUAAAACACUAAAACGCCACAAAAUACUUGAACGUUUCAAAAUUACUCACAUUCAUUACAAGGAAAAUCAAUAAAAUACAACUUUGCAAAGAGAUUCUUUACUUUCUGACUCAGUAAAUUACAAAAACACAACUUUUUAAAGUGCAAUAUGUAGGAAAAAUUAAAAAUUGAUGAAAAUGAUCAACACAUCGGGAAGAAUUAGCAAGUUUAAUGUUAUAGCAAAGAUGUCUACUGAGGUUAGCAUGCUGACCAGCUCAGUUGGACCCAUCCUGUCUUGUAAUCUAAGCCCAGUCUGGAUUGCUAGCUGCACAGCUAACUGAGCUAACUGUAGUAUGUAAGAACAAACACAUUGGGAAGAAACAAGUUUAACAUUAAGCAGAUUUUUACGUAUUGUGUUGGAGAGAUAUCUACUGAAGUUAGCAUGCUAACCUUGACCCAUCCUGUCUGGUAAUAGCGAUCCCAACUCUGGUAACUGCACGACGAAUUCAGCUAACUGGCUAACGGUAGCUAGAGUCGUCCACCCUUAUCAAAAUAGAGGAUGCACUUAACAUCAUCAAAAUGUGUCUAAAAUGCCACAAAUUCCUUGAACUUUUCAGUUUUCCACAUUCACAACAGGAAAAAAACAAAACAAAACACAACUUUCAGAAGCGUUUCUUCACUUUUUCGCUCAAUAAAACAUUAAAACACUACAUUUAAAGUUGCAAUAGGUACGAAUUUUGGUUUAGAACAUUAAAGAAAUAGCAAAGUAUCAACAGACUGGGAAGAAGUCAGAUGCCAACCAGCUUUCCCUGACCCAUUCUGUCUUGUAAUACUAAUCCACACUGCCAGUCUGGACCGCUAAGUGCACGGCCAACUGAGCUAACUAGCUGAUGGCAGCCAAAUUUUUACAUAUUGCACCUUUUAACUCCACAGUUUAAAUCCACAAAGACGAAGAAGGAGAAGCCUCAAACUCAAAAGACGGAUCGCAGCCAAGUAAACAGUUUCAACCUGUCUUACGUUGUUCAUGUGUGCACACUUUUAAGAACCUUAAACUUCAGUUGUACUGUAUUUUCUAACAAUAUCUCACCUCUUACGGAACAUUUUCUUUGUCCUUUUUGUCGCUGUGUGCUCACAGAAAAACUCGAGGACGUUUUUUGAAAAACGUUGAAUUUGUAGCAAAAUCAUCAGUAUUUAAAGGUAAAAAUCUCAAAACUUGUCAUUUUUAAAAAAAAUCAUUUAAAUGUCCUUAUGUUUUCAGUGCGCACGCUAUAAGAACCUCAGAGUUGAGUUUUUACUGUAAUCUGUGGCGAGGAAAAUCCUCCGGCCGUAUUCAAAAAUGUGACGUUCGGAGUCGAGAACACAUGAGCUCUUUCGGUAAAGUUCAUUCUGCCUCUCCUUCCUUUCCCCCCUCCAACCCCUGUUUUUUGUGCAAUGACAUGCAGGAACCCGGUCUCACAUUGGGAACCCAUGUGUUAUAGAUCUGUUCUAUCAGUUUCAUGUUGUUUGUGGUCAAGAGUUCAAAGCGUUUUUUUGUGUUUGAGAUGAUCUGUGCAUUUUUUUUCUUCCCUUCCUACCGCCUGUGAUUGUGUGUGUGUGUGUUGAGGUGUGAGUGUGAUUUUUAUUUUUCUGCUCUUUGAAUCUUCCUCUUCCACAUCUUUCGUUGUCAGUAUUUUUAUUUUUUUUUCAAACCUGUAAUUAAGUAUAUAUUUA